CUUCCCUGUUGUACACGAGACACCCACCCACGCUAAGAUGGCUGCGAAAAGCUCGCACUUUCACCUGAAAAUGGAAGAGGCGAUCGAGAGGUGCCGGGCGGACUGCCAGUGGGAGAGGAUGCUGGCCGUCGUGGGGCAGAUGCGGGCGCGGGCGACGUCCAGCCCCCGGCGCAAGGGGGCCAAAGGGGCUCCAGAGUCCGAAGACUAUGAGAAUCUACUAGUUGCAGAGGCAAUGCUGGAGCUAUGUUUGAAAGAGAAUCUUGCCAAAAUAAAGGACGCCGUUCCGUUAACGGAAAAGAAUGAGCCAAAAAUGAGUGAUGCCAAAAAGCAUUUGACUGGCAUUCUAAACCGAGGGAAGUUACUGCCAAAAGAUAUGACAGAAGCAAUGCUGAUCCUAGCCAAGCUCCAUUACGUUGAAGGCUCUCACAGGGAAGCCAUCAGUAUGUAUGCCAGAGCUGGUCUUGAAGAUAUCUCAGUGGUACAUAAGCCCUUGUAUAUGCUACGGAUGUUAACAGAAGCUUUUGUUAUCAAAGGAUUGUCCCUAGAACGCUGUCCCAAUUCUGUUGCUUCCCGGGCCCGGCUGUCAGAAAGGGAGGAGGAAAUCAUGGCUUGUUUUGAAAAGGCAUGUGUGAUAGCUCAAGUGUACUUGCAAGAACUUGAGAAGAGCUUCAGCAACACACAUUCAAGAGGCAUCAAAGGGAGUCAUGUGUCAUCUCAGGACUUUGAACUUCCUUACUUCUUGGAAGCAGCCCUACAGAGCUCCUAUGUGGCUCAUUUGAAAAGGGGCAACAUCGUGAAAGGAAUGAGAGACCUCCGAGAUUUAUUAAGGACCACAGAAACAAAAGCUACUCAGAGCUUCAGAAUGGCAGCUGCCAAACAACUGGCAGAACUUCUCCUUCAUUCGUUGAGUGAAGAUUGUUACUGGAGCCCCUUAUCUGAUCCUGUCCCUGAGUUAAUGAACAAAGAAGAUAACUCUUACAUUUGCACUACUCUGCGGAGAAGAUUGCAGCUACACACUGGAGAUAACCUCUACAGCCCUAAAGACAACGUAGAAGAGGCCCUCCUCCUACUCCUGAUCAGUGAGUCCAUGGCUUCUCUUUUCCUUCUUUCCUUUGACCAGUCUUCACAUGCCGUCUCAGUGCUCAGAGAAUGUGCAAAGCUACGUCCUGAGGAUCCUACAGUCCCCUUACUUGCUGCCAAGGUCUGCAUUGGGCCUCUGCACUGGCUGGAGGAAGGAGAACAUUUUGCCAAGAUGGUGAUAGAUCUGGGAGAAGAUGCUGGGGAGCUUCUAGCAAAGGGCUACUUGGCCUUGGGCCUGACAUACAGUCUUCAAGCAACUGAUGCUACCCUGAAAAGCGCGCAAGAUGACUUGCAUCGGAAAGCACUUCAGACUCUGGAAAGAGCACAUCAGUUGGCACCGGAAGAUCACCAGAUCAUUCUCUACCUCUCUCUGCAGCUGGCCCUGGUCAGGCAGAUUUGUGAUGCAAUAGAACACCUCCAAGAAGCAGUGAAAUUGUGCAAGGAUCAUAUGAAUUCCCUUCACCUGCUUGCCCUCCUCUUUUCAGCCCAAAAACACUAUCAGCCUGCUUUGGAUGUCAUCAAUAUGGCCCUGUCAGAAUAUCCAGAAACCUUUAGCUUACUCUUCACCAAAGUGAAGCUGGAGUUGGUGGAUAAAGGACCAGAAGAGGCUUUAGUGACCUGCAGGCAUAUGCUGCAUCUAUGGCAGACACUAUAUAAUGUUUCACAGCACAGUGAUUCUGAGAAAGCAAGCAGUGUGACUGAGGUGCCACCAGUCAAGAAACAUAACAGCAUGUAUCUCACACUUCCUGACGCCCAUGAUACUGAUUCUGGCUCCCAACGAGCUUCUUCUAUCGCAGCAUCACGGCUGGAACAGGCCAUGUCUGAAGUAACCAGGCACAGUACUACUUUGAAGCAAGGGCCUAUGCAGCUGUGGACAACUCUUGAACAGAUUUGGUUGCAGGCUGCUGAACUGUUCAUGGAACAACAGCAUCUCAAAGAAGCGGGCUUCUGUAUCCAGGAGGCAGCCAGUCUCUUUCCCACAUCUCACACUGUGCUGUACAUGCGUGGGAGGCUCGCAGAGAUGAACGGCAGCUUGGAGGAGGCUAAGCAAUUGUAUGAUGAAGCGCUAACAGUGAAUCCAAAUGGAGCAGAAAUCAUGAACUGCCUGGGGCUGCUACUGAAUAGGCUUGGACGAAAAAGCCUGGCUCAGAAGGUUUUGCAGGAUGCUGUCCGAGUGCAGAGCACCAGCCACAAAGCUUGGAACAGCCUUGGAGAAGUUCUUCAUGCUCAGGGCAAAAAUGAGGCUGCUGUUGAAUGCUUCCUGACAGCUCUGGACCUUGAAUCCAGCAGUCCCAUAGUCCCGUUUACAGUCAUUCCGAGGGAACUCUGAAGGUUUCAUUCCAUGCACAUGCAUUCAGUAGAGGAGAUCUAAUAACACACCUAUAAAAGUUCUUUUUUAAUAUAUAGAAGUUCUGUCUUUUUAGGUGUCUCUAGACAUCCAGUUUACAGUGCAACAAAUGUAGAGACAUUGAUCAUUUGUUGCCCCGAAUAUAGACAUCUUUCCUCAGGGAAGUGCUGCUGUUUCAGGGAUCUCACAUGCCCAGCACUCAUAUCACAAUAUGAAAAGGCCAUUCUUUUUCUAGGUAAUGGGGCUGUUGCAAUUCACAGUUUUACCCAGAAUAAGCCUGCAGAGCUUGUAACCCACCACGGUAACCACCUGUUACUCAACCUGGAGCUCAGCCCUCAGUUCAUAUCCUAUUGUGCCUGCCUGAGAAUUCAAAAACAGGAAGGCUUCCAGGCUCAUGACUGGUCCCCAUACAUGUCUGAUGGUCCAUGUUCAAUUUGGACCAUCACUAAUAGUGCAAGCCUGAUCCUUAAAAGGUUGUGUGCAUGUCACUGGCAUCUGUUGGUUAGUGCCUGUGUCCUCCUUGAUGGUGACUGACACAUAACUUCUCCCCUUGUUCCUGUGUCAUGUAGUCAGCAUACCAGCAGUGCUGCAAAAGGGGGCUUGCUGCAAAAACGGUGCUUGCAUGGGACCUAAAACUGACUCCUGUACAAGCAAAUUGUGGGGAAACUGACUCCUGUACAAGCAAAGUGGGGGGAGAGGUUUCCAUUGACACCCAUCUUCUGACUUUGCUUUGACACUUUGUGCUUACUGCCAAGGAGCAUCUUAACUUGAUAUUGUCAUGACAUUAAAAAUAUUCUGCUUUCCAACUUUCCUUACAGAACUCCAAGCUAAAUUCUGCAUAGGCAAAAGUCCCCUAUGUGCAAGAUAACCCUCAGGGUUAAACAGUUUCUGUAAUACUUAAGGUUUCCAACUUCUUAUUAGCCCUUUUCCCUGUAACUGCAACCAAAGGUACAUAAAUCAAGCAAAUGAAGCUUUUCCAUUUGUGUUAUUUACCUGAUUGGAAAAACUGCCUGUCUUAAUUUCCACAUUUCAUGCAGUUGUUAAAAGCUCUGGCUACACACCCUGUUUUAAGACUUAGGGAUCUGAAUUGUGUUGAAAUUUCAUUGAUUUCAAUGCAAGAGUUCAGCAUAUGCUUAAAUCUCUCCCAUGGAAAUCAAAAAGUACCUACUUGGACUAAGUUAAUCAUUUGUUUUUUGAAGGUAUAGGAUGGUAAAUAGGCUUACUCAUGAAAAGUGCUAUACCUGAUUAUGAAUUUGUAUUACCUGAACUAUUAUUCCAUUUAUAUUGUACUUCUGACCUGGCAUGGAAAUAUAUGUAGCACUGGGGCAUGGGUAGAGCAUCACUAUAACGAGGAAGAUGUGAGGCAACUUAGCUUGUUAAGUUCCAGCAGGACCAUUCCCACUAGACAGUGCAUUGGCUCCAACCUGUUACACUGGUACUAUGGGAUUGGAAUGUACAAAAGUCUUGUCAGAUGGGGCUGUAGUAAGGAGAAGAUUGGAGUAGAUUUCUGUUCAGCAGCUGGGGGGGGGGGUGUUGGAGCAGUGCAUGAUGGGCAAAAUGAAAGGUCACCUAUAACCUUCUCUGAAUCAAAUCUCAGAGAAACACUGCUGCAAAUCUAGUUUGACCUAGGGAAAAUUGCCCAAAGCAACACCCUUUUGAAAGAAAAAUGGAAAGAUAAUAUAGGCAUCUCUGUGGUAGUGGAAUUCUGUAGCUGAUUAACAGUGUGUAUUAAAAAGGGCUUGCACCAAGUCACUCUUCAUUGCGUAGUAUGUGACCGUGUAUGACCAAGUACAUUGUAGGGUCUGAAAUUAUUCAUUCCAUCCUGUUCUUUGCAUUGUUCCUGGAAUGUAGCAUGGAUGAGGUCCAAGGGACCAUUCCAUGUCAAUAAUUCCUUUUGCCUUUUAAGCUUAUGCUGUCCAAUUCAGGCUCUUUAGAUUUAAUGGAUACUCUGGGAUAAUUUUUCACUUUAUCAUUGAUUCUUGAUGAUUCUGUUGUGACCAUUCCAGUUUGCCCCAGCUAUGCACCUGGGCCAAAUACACCAUGUUCCCAGAAAAAUCACUUGAUAAUUGGGUUAAUGGAUGAGAAAGUACAAGUAUGCUUUUAAGUCCCUCCAUUGCAUUCUUCAAGGUAACACAUCCUCCACUAAGAUCAUCUUGCAUAUUUCAUUUCUGUCAUACUCAGGAACUAGUAUCACCUCCAUCAUAGACUAGGCAUUCACUGUCCAAGCAAACGGAGAGAGACAGGGCCACCGGAAUUUGGUUUGUCACAUACAUUGCAAUCAUGAUAUGUUUCAGUAUUAUAAUUGUCUAUAGAGACAAUUACUCAAUUUCCUUGGUCCAUCUGGAUCUAUAUACUCAAUAUGCUCAGAUGGAUUAGGAAUCGCCAGCAUAAAUGGCUGCUGUGUGCCCAGUUCCCUAGCUGAGUGUCAUGAGCCAGCAGAGGAAUCAGAUGCAGAGCCAGACAAUACAAUAGACCAGGAGCUGGCUCCUUGAGAAGAGAUGCAAGUAACAGAGCCAAGCCCUUCCCUGACAGCUGAGGUUGAGCCACAUGCAGUGCAACUGGGAGAGUCUGCAGCAGCCCCAGAGAACUAAGUGAUGAGUCAGCUGCACAAAGAAGGCAAAGGCAGAGAUAGCAGGUAAGUAAUGAAAGGAGAAGUACCUGCAUUGCAGUUCAAUAUGGCAAAAAGCUCUGCGGACUGGAAACAUCAAUAUCAGAGGAGGACUGAGUCUUUUCAGGACCCUGGCCUUGUUAGGAAGGGCAUCCUAUUUAAACCCUUUCUUGGGCUUGGCUCUGCCUGGGUGCAACAAGUGUUUCAUUGGAAAACUCCACAUACCAGAUUCCCUGCUUUACGCCUUGUACCUUCAUGCCUAGCCUGCCUGCUUGAACUGCUGGACUUGCUUGAUCCCAAACUGUCUGACAAUGCUCUUGCCUUCCACUGGCCUUGACCUUAGACUAUCUGACCACACCUUUGCCUGCUACCCACCUUGGCCUUGGUCUGUCUGGCAUGCCGUAGCUCACUCUGGCCUGCAGCACACUGAGGUUAUACACACAUCCUCUUCAUAAAGAGAAAAAUGCUGCUAUUCAGAUGAGUGGGAGGGGCUAAUUCCCUUUCACACUCCUCCUGAAGCUGAUAGUCAAGUUUCCAGCUUUUCGGGGGGUGGGGGGGUAUAUGCUACAUGUGCAAAACUGGGAUCAGACCCUGUAACAUAAGCAAAGGUAAAUCUGAAUGUUUACUGUACUCUGUUGAAAAGCAUGGAUUUUAUUUUGCUUAUUCCUUUAGUGUUUGAUCUGCAUUGCCUAGUUUGUGAUACUGUUUGUGUUCCUAUAGCUACAACUUACCAUGAGGUUUUUCCAGGGCAAUAACUUUAGUAGGCCUUCUCCUCAUUAAGGGCACAAUGAGCUCUCACUCACUUCAGUGGGGCUUAAGCAGGAAAACUUCCCAGUAGCUAGAACUAGAGUGAGGGUCACAAUCAUAGAAUCAUAGGCAGAUCAAAAAAAUUACUAUCUUUACUACCUGAAGCUUUCCUAAUAGAACUGCCUGACAUUAAUACAAGUACUAGGAACUAGUUUUGUGUAAUAGGCAUAGCAUUAUUAUUAUUUAUUAGCUGUCCUUCCCUGGGGGGGGGGGGAUAUUCCUGAAAUCUAAUCACAGUAGUGUCCCACUGAAAGCAAUGAAAUGAGACCUAGUCCUGACUAAUUUGUCUCAUUGAGUUAAAUGGGACUUUAGAAGCAAAUAAUUUUGCUAGGUUAUGCCAGCAACAGCUUACAAAUCAUGCAAAAUAAAUACAUUAUUUAAAUUUAGGAGCCUUUGAUAGUUGUACACAGAUCCUGAUUACAUUAGGUAUCUAUAAAUUAUAACUGCUUCAAGAAGGAGUCAGGACCCAAAGCAAUUUGUCCUUUUCUCUCUUGCCGUCAUGAUUCUCAAAUAUAGUAUGCUGAACCAAAGCUCUGCAUGAUGUUUUGUUUCAUUUGCAAGUUGUUUAGUGAUGCCUUUGAGACUUUUUUGUUUUUUUCCAUAUGAAAUAUAGUAAUGCUCAAUUUCAAAUUGCUUUCACCAGCUGAAUAAACAAAUCCCAUGGCAAAAA